AUGAGUAGGGGGAUGGAUUGGAUGAAUUGUACAUGUGGUACGAGUUGCAAGGAGUAUAAAUGUAAAUGUAACUGUUGUCAACAGACAUGUAAAAGUCAAGAGAAGCCUGGCACCUGCAGUCCCCCCGCUCCACCGCCCACCCUUUCUUCCCCCGGUGUUCAGGAUCCUGAAGCCAGUCUAGCGCUGUCAUCGCCUCCCGAAGAUGAGCCCCAAGAAAACAAUUCUCAUUUCUCCCCUGACCCCCAAGUCAUCGCCGCCGUCAUCGUUGCCAUCAUCGUCGCCAUCAUCCUGCUCGACCUGUGCAUCUUCCGCUUUCCCGUGGGCCGCAACAUCCGCGAUUUCCUCGUCCGCAAGAUACCCUUCUGCAUCGCGUUCUACAGCUGA